ACUGUACAGAAAAUGGACGCAAAUGCAAAAAUUUUAGUUGUGGGAGAUGUGCGUGGCAGAUUCAAACAGCUGUUCAACCGUGUGGAAGCUGUCAACAAAAAAGCAGGCCCGUUUGAGAUUUGUUGUUGUGUCGGCGACUUUUUUGGCGCGGAUGAGCAAAAUGAGGAGCUGAUUGCCUACAAAAAUGGCUUCAAGCACAUAACCGUGCCCACAUAUAUACUGGGCCCCAACAAGAAGGCGGAUAAUAAACACUUUGAAGACUUGGAUGACGGAGAAAUAUGCACAAACCUAACAUAUUUGGGCAAACGUGGUGUCUAUACGCUCAGCAGUGGUGUAAAGAUUGCUUACCUUAGUGGCGUGGAAGCUGCUGGAGAUAACGCCGGUGAGCAUGAGUUUACCAAAGCGGAUGUGCAGGCUGUGCGCAAUUCUUGCCUCGUUUCUAAGAGCUGUGCCACUGAUUACCGUGGCGUUGACGUGCUGCUUACCUCCCAGUGGCCCUAUGGACUGCAGGAAAAGGAGAACGCAAAGGCUUCCAAGCUAAUAUCCUAUUUGUGCCGUGAGAUUAAGCCACGUUAUCACUUCUGUGCCAUUAAUGGCACCGCCUACGAGUGUCCGCCUUUUAGAAUACCUAAAGAUCUGACUACACAGUUUGAGCUUUGCACGCGCUUCAUUUCUCUGGCGGAUGUUGGCAAUGCCACAAAAUCCAAGUACAUAUAUGCGCUCAGUUUGAAGCCCGUCGACAAGGCGCGUCUGCUGGAUCUAGUACAGAAGACUACUGAUGAAAUCGAUUGUCCGUUUAUUGGGUUAGACUUUGAGGGUGCCAUACGCAAAAAUGAAACGUCGGAAAACCAACAAUUUUUUUAUGACAUGGACUCUGGCAAUAAUCGCAAACGACGUGGCGAAGGGGGCAAUCGCGAGAAGCGUCCAAGAAUAAUGCAUAUAGAGCAAGAUAACUGUUGGUUCUGCUUGUCUUCGGACCAAGUGGAAAAGCAUCUCAUUAUCACAAUAGGCGAGCGUUUUUAUUUAGCACUAGCUAAGGGACCCAUUAAUAGUCAUCAUAUACUUAUAUUAUCUACUAAGCACGUACCCUGCGCCGCUCAAUUAAGCAACGAGGAAUGGGAAGAGCUAGAUAAAUUUAAAAAUGCGCUGCGCAAAUACUUUAAAAGCCUGGGACAAGUUGUUUGUUUCACAGAGCGGCACUACAUGACAUCUCAUUUAGUGAUAGAUGUGCUAUCCCUUGAGGACGGCUAUGCUUGGAAAAUAAAGCACAGUUUCGAGGACAAAGCUGAGGAAUUUAAUUUUGAACUUGAAACAUUGCCGCCCCUAACUUCACAAUCAAUGUUGCCUGAGCGGGGACCCUACUUUCUAGCAGAGCUACCUGAUGAUAGCACGCUGCUAACGCGACAAAUGAAACACUUUCCAAUGCACUUUGCCAGAGAUGUCUUCUGUGCUGAGAAUUUGUUAAAUUGUGAUGAGAAAGUCAACUGGAAGGAGUGUUUGCUGGAGAAAGAAGAAGAAAUUCAAUACGUGCAAGAUUUUCGUAAAGGCUUUGCUCCAUUUGACUUUACGGACGAUGAUGAUUGAUUGAUUGAAACAAUUAAAGUUAAGCCAC